CCGCGGCCGCCAUGGGCGCCCCUGUGAGUCAGGGCUGAGCCCCCGUGUUCCCCUUCCCUACUCCCUCGCCGGGCUGAGGGCGCUGGGCCUGCCCAGGCCUCCCUCGCCCGGUGCGAGGGACUGAGCACGGCGGCUUCCUCCGCGGCCGGCGUGCGGGGCCUGCCUCCCUCUCCCUACCUCGCCUCCUGGUCCCUUCCCCUCCUCUCAGGUUCUCGCUCCGGGGGCCACCUGGACCUGCUCCGCUUUCUGUCCAUCGCCGGGGAAUAACUGAAGCGCGCUUCCCUCGCCUGAAGCAGCUGGGCGAGGCACCGGCUUCUCCCCAGCCGGGGGCCUGCCUCGGGGCUCCUCCCUCCCGGCCCGGGCCCGGUGCUUGGGUUUUUCCUCCCCUUGUCGCCCCCAUCCCCGUCUCAGCUCCCGGUGCUCCAUGUCGGUCCCGCUGCCCUGCUUCCCGCUGCAGGAUGGAUGCAGACACUGACCGGGGACCCACCCCGCCGGCCCAGCCUCCCCAACAGCCGCCUCGCAGCUCCGCCGUAAGGAGCCCUUGGGACCCUCUGUUGCAGCUGCAACGGCAGCCGCGGACAGGCGCGCUCACCGCUCAGUGACCGGUCCCUUCCCUUGCCUUCCCCCCGCCGCCGCCUCGCCCUAGCAGCGCUGCGCCGGGGCACAAUGUCGGGGGGCGCAGCAGACAGCGGCACCCCGGCCCCUCGCUUCCUGGCUCCUCCGCCGCCGCCGCCCAAGAACGGUUCCAGCUCGGACAGCUCCAUCGGGGAGAAGCUGGGAGCCGCUGCUGCCGACCAUGGAGCCUCCGGGGGCGGUGGAGCAGCCGGCGGAGCAGGGAGCGGAGGCCGUAGUGAGGAGUACCGGCGUCGCCGCCACACCAUGGACAAGGACAGCCGAGGGGCGGCAGCCACCGAGCACCGUUUCUUCCGCCGUAGCGUGAUCUGUGACUCCAACGCUACGGCCUUGGAGCUACCCAGUUUGCAACCCGCAGCGCCCUCGGCCCCUAUCUCGGGAGGCAGCGCCGCUCCGUUGGUUUCUCCUCCCGAGUGUGCCAGCCGGACCUCUUACAUCGCUGUCAGCGCCGCCCAGGCCCCCUCGCUGCUGCAGCAGCCACCACCGCCUGUCCCGCUUCCCCUCGAAGGACAGUCUGCUCAGGAGGCCUCUGCCACGAAAGAUGCCGCCCCGCUGCUGCCUAAGGAGGAGGAGGAGGACGAGGCAGCGGCGCUACCCCCCACCAGUGCGGCUGGCAGCGCGGCAGCUGCUAGCCGGGAAUUUGAGGAGCGGAGAACACAGCAGGAAGACAUCGAAGAGCUUGAGACCAAGGCAGUCGGCAUCUCCCCGGAUGGCCGGUUCCUGAAGUUUGACAUCGAGAUUGGAAGAGGCUCCUUCAAAACUGUGUAUAAAGGACUAGAUACGGAUACCACUGUGGAAGUUGCCUGGUGCGAGCUGCAGGAUCGGAAGCUGUCCAAAUCAGAGCGUCAAAGAUUUAAAGAGGAAGCCGGGAUGCUGAAAGGGCUUCAGCAUCCCAAUAUUGUUAGGUUCUAUGAUUCCUGGGAGUCUACAGUGAAAGGAAAAAAGUGUAUUGUUCUUGUGACGGAACUCAUGACAUCUGGAACAUUGAAAACGUAUUUGAAAAGAUUUAAAGUGAUGAAAAUUAAAGUACUACGAAGCUGGUGCCGUCAGAUACUGAAAGGCUUGCAAUUUCUACACACACGCACUCCUCCCAUUAUUCAUAGAGACUUAAAAUGUGACAAUAUCUUCAUUACUGGCCCUACUGGAUCAGUCAAGAUUGGAGACCUUGGUCUGGCAACCCUGAAACGAGCUUCUUUUGCCAAAAGUGUGAUAGGUACCCCAGAGUUCAUGGCCCCCGAGAUGUAUGAAGAGAAAUAUGAUGAAUCCGUUGAUGUAUAUGCUUUUGGGAUGUGUAUGUUAGAGAUGGCUACGUCUGAGUAUCCUUAUUCCGAGUGCCAAAAUGCUGCGCAGAUCUACCGUCGAGUGACCAGUGGUGUCAAGCCAGCCAGCUUUGAUAAAGUAGCAAUCCCUGAAGUGAAGGAGAUUAUCGAGGGAUGCAUUCGGCAAAACAAAGGUGAAAGGUAUGCUAUUAAGGACCUUUUGAAUCAUGCUUUCUUCCAAGAAGAGACUGGAGUACGGGUAGAACUAGCAGAGGAAGAUGAUGGAGAAAAAAUUGCCAUCAAACUCUGGCUGCGAAUUGAAGACAUAAAAAAACUCAAGGGCAAAUACAAAGAUAAUGAGGCAAUAGAGUUUUCCUUUGACUUGGAGAGAGAUGUCCCAGAGGAUGUGGCACAGGAAAUGGUGGAAUCUGGCUAUGUCUGUGAAGGGGAUCACAAGACGAUGGCAAAAGCUAUCAAGGACAGGGUAUCUUUGAUUAAACGAAAGCGAGAGCAGCGUCAGUUGGUGCGAGAAGAACAGGAGAAGAAGCUUCAGGAGGAAGGUAGUCAGAAGCAGCAGCUGGAGCAACAGCAACCAUCAAGUGCUUCCCAUGCAGGGUCAAAGCAUACCUUAUCUGUCACUGGUACUACUCCUGUCCCCACUACUUCAGCAUCAGUUUCUACACAAGUGGAGCCUGAAGAGCCAGAAGCUGACCAACACCAACAACUGCAGUUCCAGCAACCCAGUAUAUCUGUUCUUUCUGAUGGGACAGUUGACAGUGGCCAGGGGUCAUCUGUUUAUACCGAAUCAUGUGUGAGCAGUCAACAGACUGUGUCGUAUGGCUCCCAGCAUGACCAGUCAAUCUCAACAGCUGCAGCCCAGGGAUACACAGCUCCAGUUGGCCAAGUGCAGUCACAACAGCAUGGAGGAUAUCAGCCACCUGCAGUGACACAGGUGCAAGGCCAGCCAGCCUCAAGCACUGCAUCUGUGCCAUCCCAGCCUACCCAACACACUCAGCAGAAUGCACAGCAGCCAGCCUCUUCCCAACAGCCCGGACAGUACCAGCUGCAGCAGCCAUCAGUUUCUGCUGGAGCCACUUCCACGCAAACUGUCUCUCAAACUCAGACUUCACAGAUUAUGCCAAUGCCUCAGGCAGCAGCUGGGACACAGCUUCCUGUUUCCCAACCAGUGUCGAUCAUCCAAGGCGAGCCUCAGUUACCUGUUGCAGCACCUUCUCUCCCUCAGCCUUCAGUUGCCCCGUCAGUCCCCAUUGGCUCUCAUUUUCUUCCCAUGGGACAGCCCUUGCCAACUUCCAUGGUUCCCCAGUUCUCAGUCUCCCCAUUGCCUGUAGCAGCUCCUCAUGUGUCAGUGGCUCAGCCAGGUUUCCAGUCACUGCCCAUUUCGAUGGCAACUGGCAUGAGUCAGCCAUUGCUCACACUGGCAACGUCUGCUGCAGCAACCGCUGUCCCUGUAGGAUCAACUGUUGUCCCUAGCCAGCUUCCCACACUGAUGCAGCCUGUGGCUCAGUUGCCCAGCCAGGCUCUCCCACAGCUCCUGCAGCCAGCUGUCCAGUCCGUGGGAUUGCCAGUCAGCAUUGGACAAGCUGCUGAAGCUUCAGUUCCUGCUGGAGAUGCUCUUUACCAGGGCUUCCCAACUCGGCUGCCACCUCAGUACCCAGGGGACUCAAGUGUUGCACCUUCCUCUGCUGUGGCCUCUGUUAGCAUUCCUUCUGCCGUACUCUCCCCUCCCUUACCAGCAGAUGCAAUGGCUCAGCCGGGCUAUCUUGCUCCUGCUGGGCAGCCGUAUGUGGAGCAGAAUGUCCUAGUUCCUAUGGGCAGCCUAGGAGGACAGGUUCAAGUCCCCCAGCCUACAGUCAGUUUAGCACAGCCAGCCUCAUCUGCCUCCUCACAGCAGACAGGUUUGGAGGGUACUCAGGGAGUCUCACAGACUGCCCUUUCUGAGACUCUUCCAGCAACACAGCCUGCUCAGUCCACAGCUUUGGCUUCCUCUAUGGAUAGUGCACAUUCUGAUGUUGCUUCAGGAUUGAGUGAUGGCAAUGAGAAUGUUCCAACUUCUAGCGGAAGGCAUGAAGGGAGAACUACUAAACGCCAUAUGCGGAGGUCUGUCCGCAGUCGGUCCCGCCAUGAGAAGACUGCUAGGCCGAAACUGAGAAUUCUGAAUGUUUCAAAUAAAGGUGAUCGGGUAGUGGAAUGCCAGCUAGAGACACACAAUCGGAAAAUGGUUACUUUCAAAUUUGAUUUGGAUGGUGACAACCCUGAGGAAAUAGCUUCAAUUAUGGUGCAGAAUGAGUUUAUUUUAGCAACCGAGAGAGACUCAUUCGUAGAACAGGUACGAGAGAUUAUUGAGAAAGCAGAUGAAAUGCUAAGUGAGGAUGUAAGUGUGGAGCCAGAAGGUGAUCAGGGUUUGGAGAGUAUGCGGACAAAAGAUGAUGGCUUCUUUCCUGGGUCACAGAAAUUAGAGUUCAAACAGCCAGAUCCUACAUCUUCCAUGCCUCAAAGAAUAGGGGUUCCUCCUAGCUCCUUUACCCAAGUUGUCCAUUCUGCAGGAAGACGGUUUAUUGUCAGCCCUGUCCCUGAGAGUCGGUUAAAAGAACAGGGCUUUUUCACAUCUGCUGUUCCUGGAGGAAAAGAAUCUUCGGAUGUGGUUGCUGCAUCCCCACUCCAUGGUCCUGGCAUGAAUCUCUCCCACUCGGCAUCGUCACUGAGCUUGCAGCAGGCUUUCUCUGAGAUGGGGCAUGGUCAAAUGACAGAAGGACCUAGUACAGCUCCUCCAGUAUUCAAUCAGUCAAUACCACCAUUUCCACCUGCACUUUCUACUGGGUCAGGCAGUAGUGUACCUCCUGCAUCUGUGGCUGCUUCUACAGUAUCUGCUCCCUCCACCACUGGUGAUUCUCUUCCAGGAUCUGUUACUUUGCCUUCAGAAAGUGCAGCUGUUGGAGUUGCUCCAAGUGCAAGUGUGCCAAGCUCUAUUUCUGUACCUCCAGCCUCACAAUCUGGACAGCAAUCAACUGGUGUCGCUUCCAGUGUGAGCGCUCCUGCUUCUUUCUCCUUACCUACCACAUCCCAGCCUGCGCAACCAGUAACUGGAGACGUUGCCCCCAGUAUCAGCACACCAUCGUCUGUGGCACUGCCAUCUACACAGGUUCCUGGUGUCACUGGUCUUGGUGUCGUUGCACCAGCUGUGACAUCUCAGUCUACUCCUCAGAUUGUAAGUAGUAUGGCAACACCACAGACAUCUGUUGCCCUGUCUGUGGCUCCAAAUAUGGCUUUGCAGCUUCCUCAGCUUAGUAGCAGUGGCUCGGUCUCCAGUCUGGCAGAAACAACAGUUGUAAGUGCUCCGCAGUCACUACCUGAGAGUGGGCAGUCUAUGGAUAAACCACACCUCUGCAGUGCAGCUGGCUUAUCUCUUCCCAUCUCUGCACCUUUGUCAUCCUCAGUAGCAACAAGUAUAUGUGGUUCAGUUUCUCAGCCAGUGAUACAUCCCUUACUUGUCCCGUCAGGAAUUACAUCAACACCUGUCCUACCCCAGAUUCCAGGUGCAACACCCAUGUUGCCCCAGGUUCCCUUACCUGGUGUGUUACCACAGCCGGUCACUAACUUGCCUGCAGUACAGCAAACUCUGAUACACAGCCAGCCUCAACCAGCUCCAUUACCCAAUCAGCCUCAUAUUCACUGUCUGGAGCCUGAUGCUGAUGCUCAGUCUAAAGCUCCUGGUAUUGAUGAUAUAAAGACCCUGGAAGAAAAGCUACGGUCUCUCUUCAGUGAACAUGGUAACGUGGGAACAGCGCAUCCAUCAGUAUCUUUGGAGACGUCAUUGGUAAUGGAAACUACAGUUAUCCCUGGGAUACCAACCACUGUUGUCGCACCAACUAAACCCUUGACAUCCAUUAGCACUUGUAUACCUCCGAGCAGUUUGCCUCUUGGACCAACUGGCUUGCCAGUGCUCACACCAGUUGCCACUCCCGGGCAAGUGAUCACCCCAGUCAGCUAUAUUUCGGCAUCAAGCAGCAUUGCCACAGCAGUAGUGAAACCAGGGACCUCUCCUUCAAAGCCCCCCCUUAGCAGGGUACCGGUGCUACCAAUAGGUUCUGAACUUCCGGCUGGCACUCCAUCCAGUGAGCCGCUGCCACCUUUUCCAGGACCUUCACUAACUCAGUCCCAACAGCCACUGGAAGAUCUGGAUGCUAAGCUGAGAAGAACCCUUAGUCCAGAGACCGUUCCAGUGACAUCUGCUCCUGCCUGUUCUGUGCCCUCAGUAGCAUCUACAACGGUUACCGGACUGGUGUCCACAGCAACACAAUCUCUGAAGGACGCAUCAUGUGGUGGAGAGGGCAGUGCUACGGCUACCACAGCAGGAGCUGGUGUUCUUAAGAUGGGAAGAUUUCAGGUGUCUGUGGCAGUGGAUGAUGUGCUAAAAGAGGGCGACAAACCUGAAACUAAGCCAAUGCCAUUUGAAACAACCUCUGCUGAUUCUUCAUCUCUUUCUGGCAGUAGCCCAGAGAGUACACUGGUAAAGCAGGCUGGCAGUCGGAAAAGCGAGGCUGUUGUUGACUCUUCCUUGGAUGUGGUAGAUAGUAUUCCUCAGACAGUUCCUGUGCUGCAAUUACCAGUAGAUGUUGGUCAGCCUACUAAGGUUGGGCGCUUUCAGGUAACAACAACAAUGGAUCAAGUUGGGCGCUUUUCAGUGUCAAAGACUCAGGAUGAGGUCAGCUGUGCAGAGAAAGAGCCAAUGACUCUUCCUCUCUCUGUGGGCUUGGAACAAGUUGCUUCUUCAGCUGCAGCUCCAAAAACAGAGUUGGACUCGAGGCAGUCACCACACAUGAAUGGUCCGUCCUCUGAUCCAGAGGCUGCCUUCUUAAGCGGGAUGGCUAAGGAUUUGGAUGAUGGCUCGGGGAGCCCAGACUCCCUCCAGCCCAUGGGGUCAAAGAUCAGCCUCCCUGUUCAGAGCCUUAGCAACUCAUUCAACUCUUCCUACAUGAGCAGUGACAAUGAGUCAGAUAUUGAAGAUGAAGACUUGAAGCUGGAACUCCGUCGGUUACGGGAGAAGCACCUUAAAGAAAUCCAGGAGCUGCAGAGUCGCCAGAAGCAGGAGAUUGAGUCACUAUACAUGAAAUUGGGAAAGGCCCCACCUGCAGUAAUUAUUCCACCAGCUGCACCACUUUCAGGAAGGAGAAGGCGGCCUACUAAAGGAAAAGGCAGCAAGUCCAGUCGUAGCAGCUCACAGGGAAAUAAGAGCCCUCAGCUAUCAGGCAAUCUGUCAGCUCAAAGUGCACCAUCGGUCUUGCCCCCCCAGCAGACUCUUCAUCCCCCUGGUAGCGUGCCAGAGACUGGGCAGAACCAUUUGUUACAGCCCCUCAAACCUUCACCUUCUAGUGAAAAUCUCUACUCUGCCUUUACCAGUGAUGGUGCCCUUUCGGUACCAAGCCUUUCGGCACCAGGCCAAGGGACCAGCAGCACUAAUACAGUCGGGGCUACGGUGAACAGCCAAGCGCCUCAGCCUCAGCCUACUGCUAUUGCCUCAAGCCGGAAAGGGACUUUCACAGAUGACCUGCACAAGCUGGUAGAUAACUGGGCCCGAGAUGCCAUGAACCUCUCUGGCAAGAAAGUUGGCAAAGGGCAUAGCAACUAUGAGGGCCCUGGAAUGGCAAGAAAAUUCUCAGCACCAGGUCAGCUCUGUAUCUCUAUGACAUCUUCCCUGGGUGCUACACCCAUCUCUGCAGCAUCAGCUACCUCUUUAGGUCCCUUCACAAAGGCGAUGUGCCCUCCGCAGCAGUACGGUUACCCAGCAGCGUCUUUUGCCGCUCCGUGGAGCGCGACGAGUGGUCCAGCACAGCCCCCGCUCGGCCAGUUCCAGCCCGUUGGUGCCGCAUCUCUGCAGAGCUUCAACAUCAGCAACUUGCAAAAAUCCAUCAGCAACCCUCCAGGCUCCAACCUGCGGACCACUUAGCCAUGCGCGGAGACCCUGCUGGCUUAGACCUCGGGACAGGACAUGGGGAGGGGGAUGGGGCCCUGUAUCAACUCCUAGUGCUGCAAUGAACUGGUAGCUUGCCAGACUGGGAAUGAAUUUCUCUUUUCCAACCAUUGCUGUCAACUCUCUGUAAAGGGAGUUUCCCCGCACACCUUGAAGGGGGAGGAGGAUGAUCAGCAUCCUUAUGAUGGGGCAGUGCUUUUGACCCAGGGGUUCUGCUCUUGUCGGGAUCAAGAGUUGUGAAGACAAGUCACGGGGUCAGUUCGUGCAGUCUUGCUGUAUAAUUUUUCUCUAGUUUGAGGCUGAAUCCACACGUGUCGAGGUGGGAGAGCUAAAUCCUAGCAUGAGGCUUUAGCACGCUUCUCAUCUCUCCCUGAAGAACCAAGACCAGGAGAAAAGUUGUCCAAAUCCCCCUCCUCUCCCUUUCCCCAGUCAAUCGUAUCUGGCUCCGAAAUGGUGGGGCACACGAAUGGACUUGCAGUGCAGCCCGUGCUUUAUAGGUCAUUACUGCUUUAAGUAAGAUAUUAACAGCUUUGACUGCAGCAUUAGAGCAAUUUAAAUUGUUUAAAAGAAUUUUUUAAAGUUCCCUGCGGACAUGUACUUACCAUCAGUUUUGAUGUGGAAACACUGUGAUAUAUAAAUGUUGUUGGACAACAGUAGUUUAAAAAUGAGUGGAAUAUAGAGGGUUAAAAACGUAAAAAAAUGGGAAAAAAAGCUAGCUAUAUCCUUAUACUUAUUGGAGACACUUUAACUUUUUCCUUUGUAUUUUCAUUGUAUUAGAUAAAUAAAUGUGAAUGUAAAAUUGUAUAAAUUAAUGUACUUGAAUACUUGUCUGUUCUCCCAGUAUGCUUGCUGGAUAUUUUAGUGCCUUGGACUUCUAUUGCUUCUGCAGUUAGCGUCAUCUUCCCAGCAGACCCCCAGGCGGACCAGGGCAGGCUCAGAGAAGGAUGGACCAUUUGUACCUAAGAGCUUCUUUAGCGAUACCAUUACUGUUUAGAGUAGGUGUUUGGAGGGGGAAGUCAUGUUGCAUACGCUGGGGAAGCUUGUCCUCAGGUCUGAGGUGGCUGGUGCGGUGGGGGACGGAGGGGUGCAGGUGAAGCUAAGGCAGGACUCACCAGUAUUGGCUGCAGAGGCAGGAGGUCUGGAUCGGAAAUGGACAGAGGAUGGGGAGAACGUGUGUCUUUGGGAGAGGCCCAACUGAAGAUGCAGUUAGACUCCACCGGCAAAGUGGUGAAGGUGUUUGGUCAGGUUGUGGCUCGAGGGAGAGGUGCCAUUGCCCGCUGGCAUGGGCCUGUCUGCUGGGAUUGCUUUGCUUACCUUUGCUUUUUCUGUUUUCUGGGUUUGUUUUUUUUUUAAUUUUAUUUAAUUUUUGGUAAAAUCCAUGUAAGCCAGGAAUGUCCUGGUGCAACGUCCAUUGCCGGCAAUGGAUGUACUUGAAACAGCCGGCGUCAAGAAGUUUCCUCUGUCUGUCUGGGAGGAUUCACGAUUCUGUUCACUCUUAUCAAAUUCCAAGCUGGUACCAGGACUGUAACUAUCUGUCACCUCUUAGGAACUGUACUGUACCUUCUGCUUUGGUCAUUCUCCCUUUCGUAUUUAAAGAAACAAAUACUGGUUUCCUCUUCAAAGUAAGAAUAAUACCAGCCAGUAUUCCUGUAGUGCUGCAGAAAGCUGUGAAGGAUGAGGGUACUGCUUCCUGGUACUUGGGAGUAGCUCACCAGUAUCCUGGGAGCUGGUGCAUCACAGAGAUGUUACUUGCCUGUUUUGUUUCCUUCCUGAAGCGCUAUUCCCCCCUGGAGCCUUAAUAUGGAGUUUUCUGUCUGCAGUUUUCUGUCUCCUCACUCUUUUGUCUUUCCAGAGAAAUGCUCGAGCUCUGUUCCUUUCCUGUCUCUUGUUUUACAGCAGGUUUGGCAAUAGGGCUGGGUACAGGCUGAGGGUGACAGCAAGCGGGGUGAGCUCCAGUUCCUUAGGCCCAGCGGGAUUGUUCUUUGUAACUGAAGCGCAGAGUAGAGCUCCAGGAGAGAGGAACCUUGAGGUGGGCACAUGGGGAAGAGGCAGAAAGCAGCAGUCGCAGGGUGGACACAGAGGGGUCUCCUGAAGGCACCCAGUGUGAGGGGUGAGGUGAGCUCUGUGAACGGGAGCAGUGGCAGACCUGAGGCAGGGAUGAAACGAGGGGAACGAAGGUUCAUGCCAGGGGAACCGAUUGGCUGGAUGCAGCACGUGGUUAUUUAAUUUUGGUCUACGAAGUUUGAGGUCGUUUUUUCACUUAAUGUUAUGCAAGAACUGGUUUUAUUUACCAUUGAUCCCCCCUCCCCCUCCCCUCCUGUGGAUGAAUAACUGAAGUCUAGAGGAAUAAACUAAUGCUACUGAACUGUUAAAUUAUUUUGUUUAAUAUUACACUUUGAGUAUCUUUUUCCACAUAAAAUCUGUUUCUGAAUUACAGGCGUUUUCUUUACGUUAUUUAACAAUGUACACUGUAAAAAAUAAAAAUAAAAAAAAUAAAAUGAACUGAACCUUUGGGCUCCCCUGGCC